GUAGGUCGUGUCUGUGAAAAUACCUCACGGUCGUUUCGAUUGGACAAAAUGUCGGAAGUCCAACAAUCUUUUCUGAAAAAGAUCUACGAAAAACUGGUUCAAGGUGACCACAAUGACAUAAAACUAGUCUUUCAAGAUGGCUCCACGACAGGAAGUAGACUGUGUCUGACAGCACUAUCGUCCUAUUUUGAGGUAAUGUUGACGUCUGACAUGUUGGAGAAGAACACUGGAGUGGUCACCUUACCGACAGUGUCUAAAGAAACCUUUGACGAUGUGCUGAAAUUUCAUAUUCUUGGUGAGGACGUCGUCAACGACGUCAACUGUUUUCUCUUGUUUGAUGUCGCUGACAUGAUGCAACUGGAUGACCUGAAGUCUGUCUGUCUGGCAUAUCUGAACAACAAUCUUAUACUGACCACAGACAACUGCGUUCUCAGGUGGAGAUCAUUAAAGAAGUACGGCUUGGAAGAUCUUGCUACAAAGGCUUUUCAGUAUGUAGUAAAAAAUGUGGAGAAACUAUCAGAGAAUGGGUCAGUGAUGGAUCUGACAAAAGAUGAAUAUCUCCAGGUGUUGUCUCGGGAUGAUCUGUCACAGAAAGAAGAUGACGUGCUUCGAGAUGUUCAGAAGUGGAUCAGUCAGCACAAUCCUUCAGUUGAAACUAUGGUCGAGCUCUUCACACAAAUCAAAUUUGACCAUGUUAGCAUCAACUACUUGACAGAUGAUGUUAUUUAUACCACCUUUGUCCAACAACACGAAGCGUUACAACAAGUAGUUAAGAAGGGUAUCAAAGCCUAUUAUUCAUGCUACACAAAAAUGAGCACAUUUUGCAACAGCAGGAUUUCAGGGAAAAUGCUUGACGUUGUAUUGGUCCUUCAAAAUUCAGUUAAACUUUUAUCUGUCGCAUGUUUGAGUGAUAAGCGCUGGCAUGAACUUCCGGUAUGUUCUAAUCAACCAGGUGGAUAUUUUGCAGCAGCAGUCUUAGGCAAAUCAAUAUAUAUUACUGGAGGAGAUGAAACACUAAACUCAACGCAUGUAUUUAAUGUAUGGAGAAGAACGUGGCGUCGUGGUCCAGAUCUCAAACAGAAUCGCUAUGAGCACUGUAUGACUGUUCUAGAUGACACGCUGUACGUGAUUGGAGGAAGAGACAGUAACACUAUAGAACAGCUGCAGCUGGGACAGGACGAGUGGCAGGUGGUGGGAGAUCUCGGAUGUAGACGACAAUAUGCCUGUGCUGAAGCUGUUGGAGAAAACAUUCUGGUGAUGGGUGGAAAAUUGAAUGCAAGGGUAACAGACCAGGUGCAUUGCUUCAACACAAACACACACGCUGUCAGCACAAUCAACAUACAGUUGAAAAGUGGAACACUGACCAAAUCAUAUCUAGAGAUGCCAAACCUGUAUUUGUUACAUUAUGACGGUUUUAUUGACGUCAUUCACAUCGACGACAUAAACACACCAACAUUAAGAGCCGAGCGCGUUGGAAAAUAUUACCAAUACGGUUACCAUUUUGGAUUUCUAUACAAAGAUGGCAGCAUCAUUGUUAUUUCCAAGAAGGGCCUAGAGAAGCUGGACCUCAGAGAUGGUUCCAAGGAACCCGUUACCAUGGAAAAUACACCAUCAUUUGGCAACAUUUAUGGUGCAUUACACAUGCAAAUACCACGUUUGAGUUUGCAGUAAAAUGACACAUUACAUCAACAAGAACAAUAGAGAUAUGUUCUGUCAGGAGUCCGAUCAUGAGUUAUGGUAGAAACAUAAAAGGUAGCAUAUCAACGGGUCAAAGUUGGAAGUGCAUCUAACUUUAAAAAGCGCAUUAAGGCCACACCUUCCAUUGGCGAUGUACGAGUCUGUUAUAUAAAAAACUUCACGUAGACAGUAAA